UAUCUUUUCCUCAUCACAUAAAGGGUAACAUGAAGUUUCUCUUUGAAAAACUUUUUCCUCAAUUGCCUCUAGUCCUUCUUUGUUGUUUGGUUAGGGUUAUAAUCUCAGAACAUGUUAGUGAUGUGAAUCUACCAAACAAUGAAACUGUCCCAGCAGUGAUGGUGUUUGGGGAUUCAAUAGUGGAUACGGGUAACAACAACUACAUCACCACCAUAGGCAAAUGCAAUUUCCUACCAUAUGGCAGAGAUUUUGGUAAAGGAAAUCAAGCAACAGGGAGGUUCAGCAAUGGUUUAGUCCCUUCAGACAUCAUUGCUGCAAAAUUUGGAGUAAAAAAUCUUUUGCCACCUUAUCUUGACCCAAAACUGCAACCUGAAGAUCUCCUUACAGGUGUAAGCUUUGCAUCCGGUGCUGCUGGAUAUGAUCCUUUAACUUCUAAAACAGCAUUAGUGCUAUCAUUAUCGGAUCAACUAGACAAGUUCAAGGAAUACAUACAGAAGAUAAGUGGAACAGUUGGAGAAAACAGAACAGCAACAAUAUUAUCAAAAAGCAUAUACAUCUUGUGCAUUGGAAGUAACGACAUUACCAACACUUACCCUUUGUUUAGGCGAUUACAAUAUGACAUUCAAGCAUACACCGACUUAAUGGCUUCAUAUGCCACAAAGUUCUUGCAGGAGCUUUAUGGACUAGGAGGUAGAAGGAUUGGAGUAGUUAAUUUACCGGUUAUAGGGUGCGUGCCCUCACAGAGAACAUUACACGGAGGCAAACAAAGAAAUUGUUCAGAUUUUGAAAACCAAGCCGCAAUCAUAUUCAACACCAAACUCUCAUCUCUCAUAAAUAACCUUACAAAAGAGUUUCCAGAUGCUAGACUUGUCUACCUUGACAUUUACAACCAAUUACUCAAUUUGAUUCAAAAGCCGGCAACAUAUGGUUUUGAAGUAACAGACAAAGGAUGUUGUGGCACGGGAAAUAUUGAAGUAGCCAUAUUGUGCAACCCUCUUACUCAGAACAUAUGUCCAAACACCUCAAACUACAUAUUCUGGGACAGUUUCCAUCCUACAGAAGAGGCCUAUAAAGUCAUUUGUUCUGAGGUGAUUGACAACAAAAUUAAGGACUUUUUCUAAGGACAGCACUGUACGAUUCCUCAUUUUCUAUUUUUGGGUACACAAUAUUUUUUCUAAGUUUAAUUUUUAAAAUAAAAAUUGUUCUGAUUAUAAAGAUAAUUUCAUCACCAGAGCAAUAUUUAUAAUGUGUUUGGAUUGGUAUUCAAUCCCAAAAAAUGCAUG